UUAAUUACAAAUAUAUAAUUAUCUGUUUUUGUAUUGUACAAUUAAUCUCCAUUGAGCUGUAAUUUUGAGCUUAAUUAGGUUUAAUUCCUUCCAAUCUUCAACCGAAUACAUAUCUGCAAUUUGUAUUCAAUUGUAGAAAGAAAGAAUCAAAAGGAGGAGGUUUUUGGUGUUAGAAAGAAAUAUGAAGAGAAAAGACGUAAAUGAAGUUCACAACGAUGACGACGUCUUCGAUUUCACUCUCUCUUCUCCAGCUCUCAAAAUCCGCCGUCUGGAUGCUGAAAUGGGCCCGAUCAUCGAUCACGACGAGACGAUGAAUCCGUUGUUAUCUGAACAAUUAAAUGGAACUAGUCCCAUAGCAGUUGUUGAGCCGGUUCCAGAGAAUCAAGAGAGGGCUAUUGUGCUCUUCAAUCCGAACAACGAUCCGCGUUGGUUGCACUUGCCACGCCCUUUGUCUAUGUCUCCCAAUUCAGACUUCCUUUCGGGCUUCAAAAAUCCUAUUCUUUGGUCAAACGAGACGAGUUCAUUAGUAGAUUAUGAAACACCGGGACAGGAUGAUGAUUCCGGGCAGAGUGAUGCCAGCUUAGCAGUUGUGCCUUGGGCGCCCCAACACCCUCCAAACCUACAAGUGAAUGAUCCCGGUAUACAAAUAUCUGACAUGAUGGAUACAGAUGCCGCCAUGGACGUCGAGAAUGAUUGCAACUUCCAACAGAUCCCAAAAAACGAAUGGAGUGCUACUAGUGUAAGCCAAGGUUUAAAUCCAUGGCAGCACCAUUGUAUGAUUGAACAGCCUCACAUCAACAUGUCCACCCCAAUAACUUGGUUCGGUAGAGAUGCUUAGCUUAGUUUUUGGAGCUGUGUUUUUUUUUUUUUUUUUUCCUUUUAUGUACUAGUUAGAUUAGAAGAAUGCAAGACUUUUUGGCUGAUGUUAAUGCAAAAAAUGUUCAUUAAGUCAAAAUAGAUAUUGUUGUUCCGUUGAAA